AUGGCCCGGGGCGCCCGGCCCUCGGCGGCCGGCGGCGGCGGCGCGGCGCCCCCUGAGCGCGAGGGCCCGGGGCGGCCGCGGGGGUCCCCGCCCGGCCGCGCCCGCCCGCCGUCGGCGCCGCGCCCCGGCCUGGAGCCCGUGUCCGGCCGCGAGCCCCCCGGACCCCGGGCGGCGCCCGAGACCCACGGCGAGGACGCGGCGAGCGCGGGGCGGCGGGCUGCAAAGUUCGGCCCGGGCCGCCGCGGACGGUGGGCGCUGCUGCUGCUCCAGCUGCACUUGCUCCGGGCGCUGGCGCAAGAUGAUGUUGCACCAUAUUUUAAAACAGAGCCAGGCCUACCACAAAUUCACCUGGAGGGGAAUCGCCUUGUUCUUACUUGCCUUGCAGAAGGAAGCUGGCCUUUGGAAUUCAAGUGGAUGCACAAUGACAGUGAGCUCACCACCUACAGCAGUGAAUACAAGUAUAUUAUUCCAUCUCUACAGAAGCUUGAUGCUGGGUUUUACCGCUGCGUGGUGCGGAACAGAAUGGGAGCACUCCUGCAAAGAAAAUCGGAAGUCCAAGUGGCAUAUAUGGGAAAUUUCAUGGAUACAGACCAGAGGAAAACGGUUUCUCAAGGACAUGCAGCAGUUCUAAACUUACUGCCCAUCACCAGCUGCCCCAGGCCUCAAGUGACUUGGUUUAGAGAAGGGCACAAGAUUAUUCCAAGCAACAGAAUAGCCAUCACAUUGGAGAAUCAACUGGUGAUCCUUGCAACGACAGCAGGUGAUGCUGGAGCUUACUACGUGCAGGCUGUCAAUGAGAAGAACGGAGAAAACAAGACAAGCCCGUUCAUUUAUUUGAGCAUAGCAAGAGAUAUUGGAGCACCUGAAACCAUGGCUCCCACGAUUGUGGUUCCCCCCGGCAACAGGAGUGUUGUGGCUGGGUCCAGUGAGAUCACCUUGGAAUGCAUAGCCAGUGCCAGGCCCGUGGAGGAGCUGAGUGUGAGCUGGAGGAGAAACGGGGUGAGAAUCACCAGCGGCCUGCACAGCUUCGGGAGGCGCCUCACCGUCAGCAACCCGACGUCCGCGGACACCGGGGCGUACGUGUGCGAGGCCGUGCUGAGAGGGAGCGCUUUCGAGCCAGCUCGGGCGAGAGCCUUUAUUUCCAUCAUAGAGCCACCAUAUUUCACUGCUGAACCUGAGAGUCGGAUUCUAGUUGAAGUGGAAGAAACUGUGGACAUGGAAUGUCGAGCCAUGGGGGUCCCUCUUCCCACCCUCCGGUGGUACAAGGAUGCUGUUCCCAUCAGCAAGCUCCAGAACCCCCGAUACAAAGCGCUCUCCAGUGGAGGCCUGCGCAUCCAGAAGCUGCGUCCAGAGGACUCUGGAAUCUUCCAGUGCUUUGCCAGCAAUGAAGGAGGGGAGGUCCAGACCCACACCUACCUGGAUGUAACCAAUAUAGCUCCAGUGUUCACCCAGCGUCCCGGGGACACCACAGUGACUGACGGGAUGACAGCCAUUCUGAGGUGUGAGGUGUCUGGGGCUCCCAAACCUGCCAUCACAUGGAAGAGAGAAAACCACAUUUUGGCCAGUGGCUCUGUCCAGAUUCCUAGGUUCAUGCUUCUUGAGUCUGGAGGUCUGCAGAUAACCCCUGUCUUCAUCCAGGAUGCCGGCAACUACACCUGCUACGCAGCUAACUCAGAGGGAUCCCUGAAUGCGUCGGCAACGCUGAUCGUGUGGAACCGAACGUUCAUCGUCCACCCUCCCGAGGACCGAGUGGUAAUUAAGGGGACGACGGCCACGCUGCGCUGUGGGGCCAUGCACGACCCCCGGAUUUCGCUCAGCUACAUUUGGAGGAAGGACAAUGUGGUCAUCACUCCAUCUAGCAGUUCUAGAAUUGUGGUGGAGAAGGAUGGGUCCCUUCUUAUUAGCCAGACAUGGUCAGGUGACAUCGGUGACUAUACCUGCGAAAUUAUAUCUGAAGGAGGGAAUGAUUCCAGAACAGCCCGGCUGGAAGUGAUUGAACUGCCUCAUUCACCUCAGAACCUCCUGGCCAGCCCAAAUUCUUCCCACAGCCACGCCGUGAUGCUCUCUUGGGUUCGGCCCUUUGAUGGAAACAGUCCUAUUCUCUAUUACAUUGUGGAGCUGUCUGAAAACAACUCACCGUGGAAAGUGCAUCUGUCAAACGUUGGCCCUGAGAUGACAGGCGUCACCGUGAGUGGCCUGACUCCGGCUCGCACCUAUCAAUUCAGGGUGUGCGCAGUGAAUCAAGUGGGCAAGGGCCAGUACAGCGCAGAGACGAGCAGGUUGAUGUUACCUGAAGAACCACCCAGUGCUCCCCCGAAAAAUAUAGUGGCCAGUGGCCGUACCAAUCAGUCCAUCAUGGUGCAGUGGCAGCCGCCCCCGGAAACAGAGCACAACGGGGUGCUGCGCGGAUACAUCCUCAGGUACCGCCUGGCCGGCCUACCUGGAGAGUAUCAGCAGAGGAACAUCACCAGCCCGGAGGUGAACUACUGCCUGGUGACAGACCUGAUUAUCUGGACACAGUAUGAAAUACAGGUGGCAGCCUACAACGGGGCUGGCCUGGGCGUCUUUAGCAGGGCAGUGACCGAGUAUACCUUACAAGGAGUGCCCACCGCGCCCCCGCAGAACGUGCAGACGGAAGCGGUGAACUCCACCACCAUCCGGUUCCUGUGGACCCCUCCUCCUCAGCAGUUCAUCAACGGCAUCAACCAGGGCUACAAGCUUCUAGCAUGGCCAGCGGAUGUCCCCGAGGCUCUCACUGUGGUCACCAUCGCCCCAGAUUUCCACGGCAUCCACCACGGAUCUAUAACCAACUUGAAGAAGUUUACCGCCUACUUCACAUCCGUUCUGUGCUUCACCACCCCAGGGGAUGGGCCUCCAAGCACACCUCAGCUCGUGUGGACUCACGAGGACAAACCAGGAGCUGUGGGACAUCUGAGUUUCACGGAGAUUCUGGACACAUCUCUCAAGGUCAGCUGGCAGGAGCCCCUGGAGAAAAAUGGCAUCAUUACCGGCUAUCAGAUUUCCUGGGAGGUAUAUGGCAAGAACGACUCUCGUCUCAUGCACACUCUGAACAGCACAACUCUCGAGUACAAAAUCAGAGGCCUGUCGUCCCUCACCACCUACACCAUUGACGUGGCCGCGGUGACCACCAUGGGGGCCGGCCUGGUGACCUCCUCCACCAUUUCUUCCGGAGUGCCCCCAGACCUCCCUGGCGCCCCGUCGAAUCUGGUCAUCUCCAACAUCAGCCCUCGCUCGGCCACUCUGCAGUUCCGGCCAGGCUACGAUGGGAAGACGUCCAUCUCCAGAUGGGUCGUCGAGGGGCAGGUUGGAGCCAUCGGCGACGAGGAGGAAUGGGUCACCCUCUACGAAGAGGAGAACGAGCCUGACGCCCAGACGCUGGAAAUCCCAAACCUCACGCCCUACACUCACUACAGAUUUCGAAUGAAGCAGGUGAACAUUGUUGGUCCGAGCCCCUACAGUCAAUCAUCCCGGGUCAUCCAGACCCUACAGGCCCCGCCUGAUGUGGCUCCAACCAGCAUCACGGUCCGAACCGCUAGUGAGACCAGCCUGCGGCUCCGCUGGGUGCCCCUGCCCGAUUCCCAGUACAACGGGAACCCCGAGUCCGUGGGCUACAGGAUUAAGUACUGGCGCCCAGACCUCCCGUCCUCCGCAUUGGCCCAAGUCGUCAGUGACCGGCUGGAGAGGGAAUUCACCAUCGAGGAGCUGGAGGAGUGGACGGAAUACGAGCUGCAGAUGCAGGCCUUCAACGCCGUCGGGGCCGGGCCGUGGAGUGAGGUGGUGCGGGGUCGGACCAGGGAGUCAGUUCCUUCAGCUGCCCCUGAAAAUGUGUCAGCCGAGGCUGUCAGCUCAACCCAGAUUUUGCUGACAUGGGCUUCCGUGCCAGAGCAGGACCAGAAUGGCCUGAUCCUGGGCUACAAGAUCCUGUUCCGGGCCAAAGAUCUGGAUUCUGAGCCCAGAAGCCACGUCGUGCGAGGGAACCACACGCAGUCCGCGCUGCUGGCAGGCCUGCGCAAGUUCGUGCUGUACGAGCUCCAGGUGCUGGCGUUCACCCGCAUCGGGAACGGGGUCCCCAGCUCGCCCCUCAUCCUCGAGCGCACCAAAGACGACGCCCCAGGCCCCCCCGUGAGGCUCGUGUUCCCCGAAGUGAGGCUCACCUCGGUGCGGAUCGUGUGGCAGCCUCCGGAGGAGCCCAACGGCAUCAUUCUGGGGUACCAGAUCGCCUACCGCCUGGCCAGCAGCAGCCCCCACACGUUCACCACGGUGGAGGUUGGCGCCACGGUGCGGCAAUUCACAGCCACCGAGCUGGCCCCAGAGUCCGCGUACAUCUUCCGGCUGUCGGCCAAGACCAGGCAGGGCUGGGGGGAGCCCCUGGAGGCCACCGUCAUCACCACGGAGAAGAGAGAGCGGCCGGCGCCCCCCAGAGAGCUCCUGGUGCCCCAAGCAGAAGUGACGGCACGAAGCCUCCGGCUCCAGUGGGUCCCAGGCAGCGACGGGGCCUCCCCCAUCCGGUACUUCACUGUGCAGGUGCGAGAGCUGCCCCGGGGAGAGUGGCAGACAUACUCCUCGUCCAUCAGCCACGAGGCCACAGCCUGCGCGGUGGAAAGACUGAGGCCCUUCACCUCCUACAAGCUGCGCCUGAAAGCCACCAAUGACAUUGGGGACAGCGACUUCAGUUCAGAGACAGAGGCGGUGACCACGCUGCAGGACGUUCCAGCAGAGCCUCCAGGUUCUGUCUCCGCCACGCCGCACACGACUUCCUCUGUUCUGAUCCAGUGGCAGCCUCCGAGGGACGAAAGCCUGAAUGGCCUCCUGCAGGGAUACAGGAUCUACUACCGGGAGCUGGAGUCUGAGGCUGGGUCCGGCACCGAGGUCAAGACGCUCAAGAGCCCUUCAGCUCUGCGGGCCGAGCUCACAGCCCAAAGCACCUUCAGGACGGUGAACAGCAGCUCCACACUAACAACAUACGAACUAACACAUUUAAAGAAGUACAGGCGCUACGAAGUGAUCAUGACCGCCUACAACAUCAUCGGCGAGAGCCCAGCCAGCGCGCCUGUGGAGGUCUUCGUCGGCGAGGCGGCCCCGGCGAUGGCCCCGCAGAACGUCCAGGUGACCCCGCUCACGGCCAGCCAGCUGGAGGUCACGUGGGACCCGCCGCCCCCGGAGAGCCAGAACGGGAACAUCCAGGGCUACAAGAUUUACUACUGGGAGGCAGACAACCAGAACGAAACCGAGAAAAUGAAGGUCCUGUUCCUCCCGGAGCCCGUGGUCAAGUUGAAGAACCUGACCAGCCACACCAAGUACCUGGUCAGCAUAUCCGCCUUCAACGCCGCCGGGGACGGGCCCAAAAGUGACCCCAGGCAGGGGCGCACCCACCAGGCCGCUCCUGGGGCCCCCAGCUUCUUGGCGUUCUCGGAAAUAACCUCCACCACGCUCAACGUCUCCUGGGGCGAGCCCGCCGCGGCCAACGGCAUCCUGCAGGGCUACCGAGUGGUGUAUGAGCCCUUAGCGCCUGUGCAAGGCGUGAGCAAGGUGGUGACGGUGGAAGUGAGGGGCAACUGGCAGCGCUGGCUCAAGGUGCGGGACCUCACAAAGGGGGUGACCUACUUCUUCCGUGUCCAAGCGAGGACCAUUACCUACGGGCCCGAGCUCCAAGCCAACGUCACGGCGGGGCCAGCGGAGGGGUCCCCGGGUUCCCCCAGAGAUGUCCUGGUCACCAAGUCCACCUCUGAGCUGACCCUGCAGUGGACCGAGGGACGUGCUGGCAGCACACCCACCAUGGGCUACGUCAUAGAGGCCAGGCCCUCAGAUGAAGGCCUGUGGGACAUGUUCGUGAAGGACAUUCCACGGAGCGCCACGUCCUACACCCUCAGCCUGGAUAAGCUCCGGCAGGGCGUGACUUACGAGUUCCGGGUGGUGGCUGUGAACGACGUGGGCUACGGGGAGCCCAGCAGCCCCUCCACGGCGGUGUCAGCUCAAGCGGAAGCCCCGUUCUACGAGGAGUGGUGGUUCCUCCUGGUGAUGGCGCUGUCCAGCCUCAUCGUGGUCCUGCUCGUGGUGUUUGCCCUGGUCCUGCACGGGCAGAGCAGGAAGUACAAGAGCUGCAGCACAGGUAAGAGCGUCUCCACCAUGGAGGAGUCUGUGACCCUGGAUAACGGAGGAUUUGCUGCCUUGGAGCUCAACAGCCGCCACCUCCAUGUCAAGAGCACCUUCUCGAAGAAGAACGGAGCCAGGUCCCCGCCCCGGCCGAGCCCCGGUGGUCUGCACUACUCAGACGAGGACAUCUGCAACAAGUACAACGGUGCUGUGCUGACAGAGGGUGUGAAUCUCAAGGAGAAGACGGUGGACGCGUCGGAAUCUGAGGCCACCGACUCGGACUACGAGGACGCGCUGCCCAAGCACUCCUUCGUCAACCACUACAUGAGCGACCCCACCUACUACAACUCGUGGAAGCGCCGGCCCCAGGGCCGAGCCCCGGCGCCGCACAGGUACGAGGCGGUGGCGGGGGCCGAGGCGGGGCCGCACCUGCACACGGUGGUCACCACGCAGAGCGCGGGCGGCGUCUACACCCCCGCGGCCCCCGGCGCGCGGACUCCGCUCACCGGCUUCUCCUCCUUCGUGUGAGCGCGGCGCCUCUAUCAGGGUAGAUCGGAUGCGAACACUCCGGAGUCUAUUUUUGUUAAGACAAUCAACUCCAAUAACUGAGCUGAAGUUUUUGUUUUAAAAAAAAAAAAAAUUCUGAUAAGUGAUGGUUUUACCUACUUGUGAACACUAGAUUUCAAUUAGAAAGGUUUUUUUAAUGGCUUUUUGUAACAUCGCUGCAGGAAGCAGGUUUCUUUCUUUUUCUUUUCUUUUUAAGAGAAGGUGUAUUUCACUGGUGCAAUGGCUUGGCACCGCUGGGGCCUGGCAGGGUCCCAGACCUGCCCAGCCUGGGCUUCUCCGUCUGAAAGACCAGCCGGGAAGGCUGCGGGGGGAGAGGGGAGCGGAGGGUCCAGUGAGAUCGCAGGGCCACCCCUCGGCCGCCCCUUCUCCUUCUACCUCCUCUUCCGGAGAACCAGCGGCUCACAUUCUCCAACUCGGGACGUCUUCUGGGGUGUGGAGAGCAAGCGUUCCUACCCAGGCUCUGGCUCGUGGACCCGGCUCCAUCCGUCUCUGAAAUAUUCUACUCAGCAGCGUCCAGGCCAGGAGUCAGCUCCGAGGUUCCUGCCGUCGGGGCAGCCGUGCUAAGGGGGCGCCCUCUGACCCCGGGGGGCCCAGCUGUUGCGUUCCCUGUCAUCCCAGUGGUGAAAUAUUCGGGGCUUUUCUUUCUUCCUUCCUUCCUUCCUUUACACCUGACAGUGCAGGAGCAGGAGGCCUCCCCCGAGGCUGGCAGCCACCGCGCCAGCCCCCAGCGAGCAGGUCCCUCCGGGGGACACUCAGCACACGGCCACCUUCACGUAACAGGAGGAACUAAGACGGCGUUUGCAGAACUGCGUGUUAUGUAGGAAGUGUGCAUUGUUAACCAGAGUAUUUUUUAAAUCUUUUUAUCUUUUUUUAAGAUAUGUCACAUGAAAUGAAUGCGUCUUUGCUGUCUCCAGGUGCCUUUUUAUUACUUGUUCAGCUUUGUACAUGGGAAAGAUGAAACGCAACACUGUCUCCAAAUAAAGCGAAACAGCUCUGAGAAAA